CCACGCGCGCGCGCGCGCACGGACAAGCACACGCGCGCGCACCGCCGCUCUCCCUCCGACACACUGGAGGGAAAGGUCAAACUAAAGGCGAGGGAGCGGGGAGGCCGGAGGAGCCGCCGCUGCCGCGCGCCAUGACGGACGCGGCCGAGUCAGCCCGCUCUCCGCCGACGCCGCCGAGCCGUUGCUCUCGUCGCGCCCCCUGCCCCCGCCCCCGUGUCCGUUCUCCCCCUGUCCCCUACCCCCGGCGCUCGCGCGUCCACGCGUCCCCUCCCCCCGGCUCCUCAGGCGCGCGUCGGGCCUGGGGCGCGCGCCGGCCGGGAACGGGAGCGGGCGCCACAGGGUGGGGGCUGCGGCGGACGAUCGGGCGGCCUCCCCGCGCGACCCCCGACGCCCUGGGCGAGGGCCCGCCAGGAAACCCUAGAACCGGGCAAACCAGCACUUACUCAGCAUAUCCCCCUCCCGUAGGUCUCAUUGACCUUGGUGGCACCGUGGAGUAUUGCUUGUACACCCUACCACAGAUGAACAGCUGGUUCUGGGUGACGGUUUCAGAGUUUGGGAACCAGGGAGGAGGGCAGUGGCGCUGGGACGAAGUUAGCCCAGGAGAGCAGCAGCGCUGCCUUGAAGAAACCUGGUAUUUACAAGGAUAAGAUUACACAAUAAAUUAAAUAGUGGUUAGCUACGUUAUUAUGUGAGAAUUCCAUAUUUUACAACGAGGGCUCACUAAAACUUUCCUUCCAAUAAGUAAUGUUUUUUUAUGAUACUUAUAAAAUGUGAUU